AUGUCUGAAGAAACUAAAAACUUCAAAGACUCAAUCAAAGCAAGCAAAGAAGAGCGCGAGCGCAAGCUGAAAGAGCUCAGAGAGCGAAAAGCAAAACGUGACAGCUUGGAUGCCGCUAGCAAAAACCCCUUUCCUUCUCCAUUAACAGAUAAUAGAACUACUAUAGUAAGCACUAUUGACUCAACUGGCUCUAAAGAAAAAUCUUCAAUAGACCCUCCUCCAAACCCAUUUGAGCCUCACAAGCCAAUAUUGGCUAUAAAGUCCAGUGUUUCUUCUAUAAGUGUUCCUCCAAAAACCAAAGUAAUUUCAUAUGAGCGUGAAAUUCAAGCAGAAAUUGCCUCAGAAAGUGAUGAAGAAGAAGAGGCAAGGAUCACUGAAGAUUUCGACCCCAGGGUCCGCAAAAUGUCAACCCAUAUAGAAAAAAAUGAGCCUGUUGAAGAAGCUCCUAAAAAUGUAGAGCCAGAAAUCCAAGAAAUUGAGCCAGAAGAACUAGAAAAAAUACUUGUCUCGACUGAUUUUUCUGAUUUUGUGCAAAGAUCGACGAAACUUAUGAUAGAGUCUUUGGAAGAGGAAUUCGACAUAAUGCAAAAUUUUAUUUUAAACUCCCCCCCCUCCGUGAGUGAAACAAAACCAUUAGAAAAAUCGCCAUUUUUUGACCAAAAAUCCACCCUCCGUGAGUGAACAAAAAUUUUUUUAAUAGAAAAAGUUUUAAUGAAAAAAAAAAUUGAUAUAUAAGUGAUAAUUAGUAUAUUCAAAUCUAGAGCUAAUUCUGUGUAAUUUUAAAUAAAUUGCGUUUUAAAACAUAAAUUUUUAUAAAUUAAAUUAAUUGUUGCUUCCCAAUUUUUGUGAAUUAGGUUUUUUUUAAAUUUCGAAAAAAAAAAUUUUUUAUAAAAAUUUAUAUAUAAAUUUUUUUUAAAAAAAAAAUUAACCCCCCUCUGUGAGUGAAUAAAAUUUUUUGUUCGCUCACGGAGGGGGGGGAGUAAGCAGUAAAUCUGAUGACACCAAUGACCAAAAAGGAAAAAUUAUACCUUUAAAAGCAAAUUAUUAUAGAGUUCUAUUAGGAAAAUAUGGGAUUUAUAGUAUCAUAAUAAGGUAUAUAAAAUUAUUGGCAGCCUAACUUUUACUGAAGAAGAACGGUGCAUUUCAGCACUCGAAUGGUCUCCACAAUAUGAAGAUUUAAUAUUAGCAGCUUAUACGAAAACUGAGACAACAAGCCAGAAACUUCCAUAUGGGCUUGUGCAGCUGUGGUCUAUAGAAAACGAAAAAUCGCCUAAGCAUGUUUUGACGUGCCAAGGAUCAGUGACCCAGUCACAGUUUUACCCAAACGACCCCAAUACUAUUUUAGCAGGGACUUAUAGUGGACAAGUCCUAUUAUGGGAUUUACGUGUAAAAGGAGUCCCAGUACAGCGCAGCCCAUCAUUAUCAAAAGGCCAUAAUUUCCCUAUUAUAGGCUUAAAGAUUUCAGAAGGAGAGCACAGCAAUAACAUAAUCUCAAUGUCAAGCGAUGGCAGAAUUUGUAUAUGGACUAUGAAUAUGCUUCACAGCCCUGCUGAAACCUUUGAAACUAAAGGAAAAGUCGAUUUCAGUGCGAAUUGUGUAGAUUUUUCUAAAGAAGAGCCAUAUAAUUAUUUAAUUGGCACAGAAGAUGGAAAUAUUAUCCAAGGACCAUUACAAGGCCAAAUGCUAUCAGAAAGACAAGACUUGAUCCAAGCCCAUUGUGCGCCAGUGACCAGAGUUCAAUAUCACCCAGACUAUGAGAGUGGCCUAAUCCUAUCCAGCUCAGUCGAUUGGACUGUAAAACUCUUUAAAGAAGCCAAACCAGAGCCUAUUCUAAUUAUUGAGCCUUAUGAUGACUAUGUAUAUGACACCAAAUGAAGCCCAGUCCACCCCUGUAUGUUUGCAAGCGCUGAUGGAGAUGGUAAUUUAGACGUCUGGGACUUAAGCAGAAACACAGAAACUCCUUUUGUCAGACAAAAGACUGGUGAAAGAGCCCUAAACAAGCUGAAUUUUGAUAAGUCAGGGAACAAAAUUGCAGCUGGGAGCUCGAAUUCUGUGAUACAUAUAAUGCAACUGGAUAAGGACUAUGUGCAUCCUAGAAUUGAUGACUGGAAUAAGCUAAUUAAAACAUUAGGAAUAUAA